AUGGAUCUUGUUAACUUCUAUGAUUUUAAACCUACGAUUAACAAUGAACCAUAUGAUUUCAGUAAACUAAAAAACACUGUUGUUUUAAUUGUGAAUGUAGCAUCUAAGUGUAGAUUUACACCGCAAUAUUCUGAACUUGAGAAACUUUAUCAGAAGUAUAAAGAUUCUGGUUUUUUAGUAAUUGGAUUUCCAUGUAAUCAGUUUGGCAGCCAGGAACCAGGGUCAUAUGAGGAAAUUACUCGAUUUUGUUCAGAGACAUAUAACAUUACGUUCCCAAUUAUGGACAAAAUUGAUGUCAAUGGCCCUAAUUCUCACCCUCUUUAUCUGUUCCUUAAAAAACAAAAGGGUGGUUGUCUUGGUUUGUCUCGAAUAAAAUGGAACUUUGAAAAAUUCCUUAUUGAUAGGAAUGGGAAUGUUGCCUCUCGUUAUUCGUCAAUAACAAGGCCUGAUACAAUUUCUUCUCAAAUUGAAAAACUUUUAGAAUAA